CCCCCCCCCCCCCCCCGCCUCAUUACAGACUGCAACAACCGUAUUCAUCAAAUAGUCGAUGGUGGAGAAAAAUAACUUCAAAUUAAAAAACAAAAAAAAAGAUUAUUAUCGAGUAUAUAGCAAUAAUUAUAAAUGAAAUCGAGCGCGCUUAAAUGAAAAAACAAUAUUUUCUUUUUUUAAUAUAUAUUUUUAAUAUACAAAUAAAUAAUAAAUUCUCGCUCUUUUCAUCGAUUCUCAAGCAAAACAACUAUAGUUGACGAGUAGUCUUUCAGUAUACAGAUGAUGCGUCAGGUAACAAAGCUAAAGGUAUACGUGAGUUCCACAUUUCAGCUCCGCAGGAGCUGCGCUAACAAGCUUUUUUUUAUUGCAGUCAAGUUGAUGAUGAACGUGUUUAUCGUAAUGGUAUUGAUUUGAAGGAUUUACCUGAAGUUCAAAUAACAAGUGUCAACAAAGCACCAUUACAAUCAAUGAAGAUUGGUUUGUCAGCAGCAAAAGCUGCUGUUCAAUUUUUUGAUAAACUUUUACUUCCACAAUCAAUUCAAUUAUUUUGUAAUGAUUCAAUUGAUCUUAAAAAAAAUACAAUUAAUGAAUUAAAAAUUAUUCAACAUUCUCUUAAUUGUUUUUCGAUCAAUGAUUUAACUUCUAACAGUAUUUUUCAUAAUCAUAAACGAGAUAAUAUUGAUGUUAAACAAGUUCUUUUGAAUUUGGAAGAAAAACAUUUACUCAAGCAUGGUAAAUUUGUGAAAGUUGGAUAUCGUUGUAUUGAAAGUUGGAUUAAAGUUUUACCUGAACCAACAAAUGAUGCACAAAUUCGAUGUUUUGAAAAUGAAUUAAAUUCCAGUUAUCAACUUCAAUUAGAAAAAUAUAUUGAUUACUAUGAAGACGGUAUUGAUAACAAGUUAUCAUUAACUGAAACAAGUGAACGUAUAUUGUUAACACAAAGAUCAUGGAUUGAACAAUUACGACGAAAAAUCCAUAAUUCUGCUAUUCAAGAAAAUAGUUCAGAAUCAACAAAUCGUCCAUCUACAACAAUUUCACAAUCCGAACGUACUGCACCUUUUGCAGAAGUUUCUCAAGAUAUCAUUCAGUCUAUUACUGAUAAUGCAAAUGAUUUACAAAAAACAUGCUUGAACACAAGUAAAUCAAUUGAUGUCAUUCAACACGUGAAUAUUUCACGAAUAAUUGAAUGUCAUGAUAAAGUGUUGAUGGAACAUAAUGAAAGUAUAAUCGAUGAUAAUCAAGCUCAUGAACGUAUAAUGGAUGAUAAUCAAUCUCCUGAACAUAUUACUCAUGAUGGUGUAUCCAAUGCAAUCGAACGAAUGGCUGAUCCCGUCAGUGCAACUGAUGUAACAAUGAUUGGUUCAAGUACAGAUCAAAAUCAAACAAUUUCUUCAACGGAAAUCUCAACAAGAUGUGCAACAUCGAGUGAUUAUAUAAUUUCAGAAGAUAUGAAAAUAUUAUGUAAACGAAUAUUGUUAUCAGACUCUAUUAUUUUGUCUAGUACAAAAUUAAAUAAGGUAUGUAAAUCAAAUAUGGUGGAUGUACAUAAAGCAUGUAAAUUAUUAAUUGAAUAUGGUUUAUUAUCGAUUGAAACAAAAAUGCUUGCAAACAAAUCUCCCUAUUAUGAAUGUUAUAUGAAAAAAAUUCCACAAAAUCAAUCACGGUUAGUUGAUUUUUCUCUUAAAUUAUCAAAAUUUGGAAUUGUCAAUAUUGAUACGUAUUACGAAACACUAAAAACCAUUGAUACUAAGAAUAACACCUAUUUGACACCACAUGGAAUGUCAAUUUUGAAACAAAAACCUUACAAUGAUCUCGAGAUAGUGAUAAAUGAAAAUGCCAUUAUGCAACCUGCAAAAGAACGUUAUCAUGAAUUAGCUGAUUUAACAAAUGAUAGUCACAGUGUUGACAAAGAAAAUUUAUCAGUGGUAGAAGUCGACAAAUCAACAAAUGUUGGACAUGAAGUUGAACAUUGUCUUUCAAACGCGAAAAGACAUCGUGAAUUAACUGACAAAGGAAAAGAAUAUAAAGAACAACAAAUGAAAUCGAAAAAGAAAAAAAAUGAUCAUUAA